GCCACUUCACUAGUAGCCACCAAAAUCAUAAGCCCAUUACUUCCAUAAAAUGACAUCAAGUAUCGAUCAGCUCUUGAUUCAUAAAUCAUUUCUUCUUCUUAUAAUCAUCCAAAGUGUUGCAUGUUUGAGCAUAGAAACAGACACCAUUUCAAGCGGUGUUGUGAUCAAAGAUCCACAAACCAUCACAUCCCCAAAACAGAUAUACAAACUAGGAUUCUUCACACCUCCAAACACAACCAACCGCUACUUAGGCAUCUUCUUUGCCUUCUCCCAAGAAACAGUGAUUUGGGUCGCCAACAGAAACAAACCACUCAAAGAUUCCUCUGGCUCUGUUACUCUGUCUCGAGAUGGAAAUCUCGUGGUCUUGGACGGGACUAAUCAAACCGUCUGGUCCACCAAUCUCACCCUCACCUCUCUCGUCAUGAACACAACCGUCCAACUACUCAACACUGGCAAUCUUGUCUUGCAGAAAGAGGACUUGGGAGAGAUAUUAUGGCAAUCUUUCUCAGAGCCUACGGACGUGAUUGUGCCAGGCAUGACGCUGAGCCAGAACGCGAAGACAGGGGAGAUGGUGGCGCUGUCGGCGUGGAAAAACGCCUCUGAUCCCGAGCUAGGGAGCUUCACCGCUGGCCUUGAAGCACAGAGCAUCCCACAGCUUGCCACGUGGAACGAGGGGAGGCCGCACUGGAGGAGCGGGCCGUGGAACGGUCUCAUCUUUCUUGGGAUAAAGGAGAUGUUCUACGCCUACUUGGAUGGCUUCACUCAAGUGAAGAACGACAGCGCGGGGAAUUUCUUCUACACGAAGCAGCAGGACAAUGUGUACAUAACGGCCAGCGUGAAUUCUACGGGAAGCGUGAUUCGGAAGGUGUGGAAUGGCGUGGCCAAGAGAUGGGAGGUGGGGUGGACUGCUCCGGAAAAUGAAUGCGAUGUUUACGGGAAGUGUGGGGCGUUUGGUAGCUGUAAUGUUAUGGAAUCGCCUAUUUGUAGUUGUUUGAGAGGUUUUGAGCCUGUAAAUGAGGAUGAAUGGGGGAGAGGGAAUUGGACUAAUGGUUGCAGGAGGAGGAACCAGUUGCAAUGUGGAGACGAUGGAUUUGAGAGGCUGCGGUAUAUGAAGGUUCCGGACUUUGCUCAACCCUUGCCUGCUGGGGUUCAAGACGAGUGUCGAACCAGAUGUCUGGGGAACUGCUCCUGCAUAGCUUAUGCUUAUGAUAGUUACAUUGGUUGUAUGUUUUGGAGCAAUACCUUGAUUGACAAUCAGGAGUUUGGUAGUGUUGGUGUGGAUCUCUACGUUCGUCUCUCUGCUUCUGAAUUCGGUAGCCACAAGGAAAGAAAGUUUUUCAUCAUAAUUCCGGUAACUGUGGGUUUUGUUUGCAUAUCUACCAUGAUCUUCAUUGCUUGGUGGCUGAUGGCAAAGAGGAAAGACAAAGUGAAAGAUACGAGUAUUGUGGAAGCAGGCCAGAUGUUUACUGCGGAUUCAACUGCAAUCAUACUUAGAAAUGAGACGAAGGAAGUUAAUAUUGGUGAGUUGCCAAAGUUCACUUUCGAGAUGCUUGCUAAAGCAACAAACCGGUUCCACGAAGAUAAUCUUCUUGGAAGGGGUGGUUUUGGUCCUGUUUACAAGGGAGUUCUGGCAAGCGGGAAAGAAAUUGCUGUGAAAAGACUAUCGGCAGAAUCUGGACAAGGAAUGGAAGAAUUCAUGAAUGAAGUGAUUGUGAUUUCCAAACUCCAAUAUAGGAAUCUUGUGAAACUGCUGGGAGGCUGUGUUGAGAAAGAAGAGAAAAUUCUGAUAUACGAAUACAUGCCAAACAAAAGCUUGGAUGCUUAUCUAUUUGGUCAUACAAAUCCAACAAAGAAGUUGUUGGACAGAAUACGGAAUGGGAGGCAGAUUUUCUGA